AUGUCCGCCCUUGAGAAGUCCUACAGUCUCCCUGCGCCCCGCAGAAUCACUGCUUCUAAUCUGCCCUUGCCCUCCGACCAUGCCACCGAUGACCAUGCCGAGCCUGGUGUCGAGGUCAAGGUUGACAACCUCGAGGUCCAAUCUCUCUUUGAUGGCAGCUUCAGACGCGCCGUCAUAGGUACUAGCAAGCAGAUGCCCACCAAAAACGAUGGCCAUGGUGAGCUUCCUUUGGAUGACGUUCCGGGCGCUGGCAUCGUAAUGCCUGGCGGCCUAAAUACCUAUUAUCUCGAUAUUGCUCCUGGCACAGAGGGCGCGUUGCACCGCACCACUUCAACCGACUAUAUCAUUGUGAUUAGUGGCAAUCUCAGCCUCAUUACGCCCACGUCCGACGUGUAUCACAUCAAGGACGGCAAGGCGACUUGUGCUGACGACCUUAUCGAGACUGUCGCUCACCCUGGUGAUGUUAUUUACCAGCGAGGUCCUAUCCAUGCUUUAUCAAACCGCAGCAACGAAUGGGUUCGUGCGCUUUGCGUUGUACUGGGCUCGGAGCCUAACAAAGUCCCCAUUGAGAAGGCUGACAGCCACAAGGAGCUCCAGGACCAGUGGCUUGCUUGA